CCGAGUCGGACGCAGCUAAUUAAUCAACCAUGGUGCUUAAACUAGCACUAUACUGCUUCACGCUGACCACCACGCUCGUCCUAGGUCAGUUCCGCGGCCAGUCCGGGGACGAGUCCUGCUUCGAGCACCGGGACAUGGCGGAUCCGAACGAGUGCUGCACGCGGCCCAUGUGGGUCAACCGGUACAUGCUGAAACCGUGCCGCUAUGCCACGUCCGAAACGGAAACCUAUCGGAACGAUUUCGAUUCGUGCAGCGUAACUUGUGGGGUGUUCAAAAUCAACAUGACAAUGGUGAACAAUCGAGUGGAGAUCGUGCGGUUGUUCAAGCCGACCAACUUGAAAGCCGGAAGCGAUCAGCAGUGGCGGCAGACGAUUUCCAAGUCGUUGAAACUUUGCAAGGAAAAGAUCACCCGGAUGGUUGGCCAGCAUGCCCAGGAACACCGAGAGCAGGAGCAGUGUGAAAAGGCGGCUGUCGUUUUUGAGGAUUGCCUGUACGCUCAGAUGUUUCUGAACUGCCCGGAACGAUCAUGGAUCCGCAACGAUGGCUGUGAUAUGGUCAAAAAUCAUCUGAUGGAGGGCUGCCCGUACGAAUCGCUGGAUGCAGUGUCCACCAGGGAUCGUAACAAUGACGACGACGACGACGAUGACGAUAACGAUGGCUUCGAGCCGGUCAACUCUCGCCAGUAGAGUAAAAC